CGAAGUUCUAGGGAGUUUUAAGAUACAAGAUUGUUCAAGCGGCGUCGGCGUGUACAUAGGGAACGUUUGUGAAUGCGUAUACGUCAAGCUGUGUUUCGCAAUAGUAUACGGUUAAAGUGAGGAGUGGAAACGUUGCCAAUACUUUUUCAUUUAAGAAGUUGCAACACCACCAUAAUGUUGGACAUUCGCCCCAACCACACCAUAUAUAUCAACAACCUCAAUGAAAAAGUUAAAAAAGAAGAGCUUAAGAAAUCCUUGUAUGCGAUCUUCUCUCAGUUUGGACAAAUAUUGGACAUCAUUGCUCUCAAGACUCUGAAGAUGAGAGGGCAAGCCUUUGUCGUUUUCCAGGAAAUCCACAGUGCAACCACUGCAUUACGAGCCAUGCAGGGCUUUCCUUUUUAUGAUAAACCAAUGAAAAUUGCGUACUCAAAGAGUGACUCGGAUGUCAUUGCUAAAAUAAAGGGUACAUAUGAGGAACGGGCGCAUAAGAACAAAGAUGACAAAAAGAAAAGGAAGAAGGAGGCAAAGGCUGCCGCUGCUGCGGCUGCUGCCGCAUCUGCUGCGACUUCUGCUGCUGUUGCUCCCGCCACCGCGGCUGCAGGUUCCGCACUAGCUGCUGCUGGCGGCGGUAUCAGCCUCGCUGCUCAGCCUCCAAAACCGGCGGCGGCACGUUCGACGCUGUUCUCUGGAGCUACAGGCGUUGGAGGCGUCGUGCCUGAACAGCCACCAAACCAGAUCCUCUUCCUCACCAACCUGCCAGAUGAGACCUCCGAGAUGAUGCUCUCUAUGCUCUUCACACAAUUUCCCGGUUUUAAGGAAGUACGAUUGGUACCUGGCCGCCACGACAUCGCUUUUGUGGAGUUUGAGAAUGAGAUACAGUCAGCGACGGCUAAAGAAGCCCUGCAAGGCUUUAAAAUUACACCCACUCACGCCAUGAAAAUAGUCUUUGCUAAAAAAUAGUUCUUUAUAGACUCCUCCACCUUGACCUCUUCGUUUUAAUAUUCUACAACUAACAA